CAUCUAGUCAUGGCCAUCGUUCUGGGCUGGCUCUUUCUGGUCACUUUGGCCAGCGUGUCCCUGGCACAAGGGUCUCCCCAGCUGGUGGCGCCAACUGGUGGUCUCCUAGCUCCACAGCCUCAACUUCCGCCGGCCACAUUGGCUCCACCGCCCACUUUGUCCCAAGAUCUGGAUGAAAUCCAGCGGUUGGUCCAGUUCAAACCUCUGAAUCAGUUACUAGUGCGCUACUUGAUCAACGAUGGCCAGUUCCAGUCCUUUGUGCGGAUCAUCAACAGCAAUGCCGGAUUCACGGCCCGUUGGCGUUUGCUCUCCCAACCGGAAUUGACGCUCUUCCUGCAGUGGGUGGACCAGCAGCUCGUGGCCUCCGGUGACUCCUUUGAAUUGGAGGAGCAGAAGCUAAAAGUCAAUCUGCUGAAUCAAUUCCCCUACUGGUCUGGCACCGUCUUUGGCUGGCAGGGAUUCCUCAACGAAGUGCAGCUCUACUUUCCACUGUAUGCCAUUCGGGCCCAUGUCGAUGCCAAGGUCCUGCAGCAGGGAAUCUUUGCCCAGUUCUGGACGAGAUUACAGGGAUUGGGGGUCGUCUACGAUCGCUGGUUGACUUCAGUGGAAACUGCCCAGGUUUUUGCUGAUCUUCAGAGGGCGGGCAUCGAUACGGUCCAGUUGGACGGCCUCAUCCGGAAUCUCUUCGGCUGGAAUGCUGCAAAUGGAACCUCCACUACUGCACCUGGUACACCAGUUGCUCCCACAUCAAUUCCGGGUGCAGUGUUGCCUCCAGUUAACACUAAUCCCGUGGGGGUUGUCUAGGUUGCCAAUAUGCAGUGAUGGUAAAGUUAUCCAUGCUUAGGUAGAGUUUCAAAUAUAUAUACCUACUAGGCAAUGAAAGGGGUAAACGUGUAUAAGUACCCAAAGAACAUUUGAAUAAAUUUUGCGAUCAAAAAAAAA